AUGUGCUCCACUUCCCGAGCCAGGCGGGGCCGCGGCAGCCAGGCGGCGCUGCUUCUCCGGCGCUGGCGGGUCGAGCAGGCGGCAGGAGCAGAACGGCUCCGUGUGACUCAGGCUCCCGCUGCGCAGCGCCGGACCAGCUUUCUCUGGGAUUUGGUGCGCAACAGCGAGCGAAGCAGGCGGCAGGUGCACGGAGCGGACCGGACGGGAGGAGCAGCGGGGAGGAAGGAGGGCUGCUCGGGUUUCAGUCCGGGACCGGAGCACCGCAAAUCAACUGCCCUGAAGUCUCCUCCGUGGCUGCGGAGUGACUCCUCGCCCCGGGGAGGAGCAGCAGGAGCCCCGGCCGCCGUGUGGAGCAGCUUUCGCGGACACGACAGCGCGGAGCCGCCCGCCGGCUGGAUCGGGAAGAUGAUGGGCUUUCUGCGCCGGACGUUCAGCCGCCGCUCCCGGAGCCGCUUCCAGACGAGAGAGAGGGACGAGCGGGACGGCAAGGGGGGAGGAGGCGGGGGAGGCGGGGUGACCGGGAACCCCCUGCUCCUGGCCCACCAGCAGCAGGUCGUCCACGCGCCCGCCGUGGUCACCGGCGGGGCGGCGGUGCACAUCCCGGCGGCCGGAGCGGCGCGGACCGCCAUCAGCUGCCGCGUCCUGCUGCUGGACGGCUCGGACGUGAACGUGGAUCUGCCCAGCAAAUCCAAAGGCCAGGACCUGUUCGACCAGAUCAUGUACCACAUAGAUCUGGUGGAGACCGACUACUUCGGGCUGCAGUUCAUGGACUCGGAUCAGGUCUCGCACUGGCUGGACAUGUCCAAGCCGAUAAAGAAGCAGAUCCGAGAUGGUUCGCCAUACCGACUCUUCUUCAGAGUGAAAUUUUACUCUUCGGAGCCAAAUAACCUGCGUGAGGAAUUUACAAGGUAUCUGUUUGUGCUGCAGCUUCGACAGGACAUUCUGUCUGGCAA